CCCACCAACUUCUAAUUAUUGUUUACAACAAUGGACGCCCACACACGUGAGAUAACUGGGGUUUUUUUUUACCUACGCAGGCGCUCCGGUUCAGUGUCCAAAUGGCCAGCAACAUGGAAGGACAGCCAGGUUGGAAAUUGCGGCACAUGUUCGGCAAAAAGCCGAAACAGGUGGAUGAAAAUUCCCCAACCAAGCAAACAGACGAGGGGAAUUUCGAUUUCAAUGUUAUCAGCUGCGAGAAGCCAACAGAUUAUGCUAAUCUAGAAAUAUUUCAUCGCGCAGUUUAUCCCAUCAUGUUGGUGGGUCAGUGUUUUGCGCUAAUGCCUCUAACUGGCAUAUGGAACCCAAGUCCGCGUCCUGUACGUUUCCGAUUCAAAUCUCUGCAAAUGAUUGCGUCGCUGGUUUUCCUGGCGGCCUGUUCGGUGCUGACACUUGGCAUGCUGAAGCAUUUGCUAAGGAUUGGCGUUACCGCGAACAACUUUGUGGGCCAGGUGUUUUUCACCUGUGUACAGUGCGCUUGCAUUUUAUUCAUAGAUUUGGCACGUCAUUGGCCUCCACUUAUACGCUACUGGACGCGCCAGGAGUUGGUCUUUACCAAGCCACCCUAUGAGGUGCUCAAAAGAAACCUCAAUCAGCGUGUGCGACAACCUGCUCUCAUCAUUAUAGCCAUGUCGCUGGUUGAGCAUGGUUUGUAUCUUACCUCUGCUAUUGUAAGCUACCAACAACGCAUACAUAUCUGUUCCAUAACUCACAAUAGUACAGUAGUCGCAUCCUUUGACGAUUAUAUAAAAAACAACUAUAUAUAUGUGUUCCAAGUGCUGCCCUAUAGCCGUUUCAUAGCUGUCUAUAUUCUGCUGGUAAAUGGCACCUGCACUUUUAUAUGGAACUACAUGGAUCUUUUUAUCAUGAUGAUCAGCAAGGCCUUGGCCUAUCGCUUUGAGCAAAUUUCGAAGCGUAUUUGCCGUCUGGAGCAAGAGAAUCAGGUGCCGGAGACCACAUUUAUCGAAAUACGCGAACACUAUGUACGCAUGUGUGAGCUACUGGAGCGUGUGGAUAAUGUUCUGUCCAGCAUCAUUCUAUUAUCCUGUGCGAAUAACUUAUAUUUUAUAUGUUGUCAGCUGCUCAACAUAUUCAACAAAUUGCGUUGGCCCAUCAAUUAUGUAUACUUCUGGUACUCCGUGCUGUAUCUGGUGGGUCGCACAGCUUGUGUGUUCCUCACAGCAGCCACCAUCAACGAUGAAUCGAAGACUGCGCUGACCGUGCUGCGUCGUGUGUCCAGCAAGAAUUGGUGUGUGGAGGUGGAACGCCUGAUAUUCCAAAUGUCCACGCAAACGGUGGCAUUGUCCGGCAAGAAAUUUUAUUUUCUAACACGCAGGCUACUUUUUGGGAUGGCCGGCACUAUAGUUACCUACGAGCUGGUGUUGUUGCAAUUCGAUGAACCCAACCGUCGCAAAGGCUUGCUGCCCUUGUGCGCCUGAAAAAUGGCAACA